CAGUACAGAGUACAGACAUCACCACAAAUCCCGGUUUCAAAGGACCCCACAAAGCGGCCUGUGUUAAUCGAACGGCUAGAAAUUAUCAUGUGCACCCGAGAAACUUUAACACCCACAGGGCGCACGGUAGCUAAUCCUCGCUGUGAAUAGUUAUCCUUCUCCACAGGAUGCGCUUUGCUCCCCCUCUCUAAUUUCCCCGCCAGUUUCAUCCUUUCUCCAUAUUUCUCUAUUUCAGUUCGUUAUUGGCCGUUAAAAAUUUUAUUUUCAGGUUUUGUGUUGGUAGUAGUUUCGUUUUUAGUAAAUGUAUUGCGGAAAUAAUGUCAGAAGGAACUAGUAUGGCUUCUGAGAAUGGCCCGGAUUUGUCUCAAGAUGAUACCGGUACCAUAGAGGAAACUCCUGAAGAUACAAUAUUGUCACAACAAACUUCUAUCAAUCUUGUUCCAUUUAUUGGCCAAAGAUUUGUAUCUCAAGAUGCAGCUUAUGAGUUUUAUUGCAGUUUUGCUAAGCAAUGUGGGUUUUCUAUUAGAAGACACAGAACUAGAGGAAAGGAUGGGGUGGGUCGAGGAGUUACAAGGAGAGAUUUUACUUGUCAUCGUGGUGGAUAUCCGCAGAUGAAACCUUCUGAAGAUGGGAAGAUGCAAAGGAAUAGAAAAUCUUCGCGUUGUGGUUGUCAAGCAUAUAUGCGCAUUGUUAAGCGGGUAGAUUUUGAUGUCCCUGAAUGGCGUGUUACAGGCUUUAGCAACAUUCACAACCAUGAACUCUUAAAAUCAAAUGAAGUGCACCUACUUCCUCCUUACUGCACCAUUACUCCAGAUGACAAGACUCGGAUUUGCAUGUUUGCAAAAGCUGGAAUGUCAGUGCGUCAAAUGUUAAGACUGAUGGAGCUAGAGAAAGGUGUUAAGCUAGGUUGUUUACCGUUUACAGAAAUAGAUGUGAGAAACCUCUUACAGUCUUUUAGAAAUGUCAAUCGUGAUUAUGAUGCUACUGAUCUUAUUGCAAUGUGCAAGAAACUGAAGGAUGAAAAUCACAACUUCCAAUAUGACUUUAAAAUGGAUGGCCAUAAUAGGCUAGAGCAUAUCGCUUGGACAUAUGCUUCAUCAUUUCAAUUGUAUGAGGCAUUUGGAGAUGCAGUGGUUUUUGACACAACCCACCGCUUGGAUUGUUAUGAUAUGUUAUUUGGCGUUUUGGUUGGACUGGACAAUCAUGGAAUGACCUGUUUUUUUGGUUGUGUGCUUUUGCGAGAUGAAAAUAUUCAGUCUUUUUCCUGGGCUUUGAAGAUUACCACUUUGACAGGCACCAUGUUGAUGGUUCCCAAACCCAGAACUUUGCAUGUUCUGUGCUUGGGCUUGACCUUUCAAUUGAGUACAAAACUUACACAGCCAACUGUUCAUAGUAGUGAUGAUGAAUUUGUCUGUUUUCUCGAUAUAUCUGCAUUGAUUAACCUUUUUCCUUCCUCUUAUCGCAUGAAGAUAUUUUGUCAUCUUGGUCUUUUAUUUCCAAUUUGUUUUUCUUUUCUUUUCUUUUCAAAAUUAAAGUCUCCUACUUUCUGGAUGUUUCUGCAGACAUUUUUGGGCUUUAUGAAAGGAAAGGCUCCACAAACAAUAUCAACUGACCAAAAUAUCUGGCUGAAAGAGGCUGUUGCCAUUGAAAUGCCUGCAACGAGACAUGCUGUUUGUGUUUGGCAUAUUAUUUCAAAGUUCUCAGAUUUGUUUCCUACAUUGCUUGGUUCAUGUUAUGAUGACUGGAAAGCUGAAUUUUAUAGGCUCCAUAACCUAGACUUUGAAGAAGAUUUUGAAAAAGAGUGGAGAAAAAUGGUUAAUAAAUAUGGACUCCAUGAAUAUAAGCAUAUUACCAGCUUAUAUGCAUUACGGACAUCAUGGGCAUUGCCAUUCUUGAGGCAUUACUUCUUUGCCGGAUUGUUGAAUAUGUACCAGUCAGAGGCAGUUAAUGCUUUUAUUCAACGGAUUUUGAGUGCACAGUCUCAACUAGAUCGUUUUGUGGAGCGAGUGGCUGAAAUUGUUGGAUAUGAUCAUCUGGCUGGACCCAAGCAAAAGAUGCAACGUAAGCAGCAGAAUGUCGGCCUCAAAACAGGUUCACCAAUUGAAUCUCAUGCAGCUUCUUUUCUUACUCCUUAUGCCUUUGGUAAACUUCAAGAAGAGCUUGUAAUGGCACCACAGUACGCAUCUCUUCUGGUAGAUGAAGGAUGUUUCCAGGUCAAACACCAUGCUGAGAUGGAUGGCAAUCACAAAGUCAUGUGGAUUCCAAGUCAAGAUCUAAUGAGCUGUAGCUGCUGUCAUUUUGAGUUUUCUGGCAUCCUUUGUAGGCAUAUUCUCCGUGUCCUGUCAACUAAUAACUGUUUUCAGAUUCCAGACCGAUAUCUGCCCAUCCGUUGGCAUGGUCUUAGUUCAUCUUCUACAUUCACAUUAAGGACUACUGCAAGAGAACAUUCUGAGAAGAUUCAAUUAUUAGAGUCCAUGGCUUCAACUCUUGUAUCGGAAUCUCUUGAAACAGAGGAACGCCUUGAUGCUGCUUGUGAGCAAAUUGCGAUUGUACUAAAUCGUAUCAAAGAACUUCCCAGGCCAACACAUGAUAUGGAUGACAUCUGCUAUACUUGUCCAUCUCACUCAUUGAUUCUACCAGAGGUAGAAGAUAAUGAUGGAAUUAUUCAGAGUUUUACAGUUGGAAAUCCUCACGAACCUUUUAAUUUAGAAAAGCUCAAAGAGAGAAAGCCAAGAGAUGGUGUUGAUAUUACUAGAAAGCGAAGUCAUUGUUCUGAGCCUUACUGUAGGCAGUUUGGACAAAAUGCAUCCAGUUGUCCAAUAAUGGGAAGUGAUAAUUUGAAUGCAGAUGCACUAAGAUACUUGUAGAAUAAGAUAUUGGAGACGACAAUUGAUGUAGGAAGCAAUAGCAUUAGAUAGGUCAGUGAUUUAUCAUUGCAGUUCAUUUUUUAGUUCUUUCAAAUACUUGUACACCCACUUGAACAAGUACUGUGCCAUUGAAAUACUUAUUGCUCUUUGUUUUCUGAGUCACAUUUAUAAAUUCGACAAUGCUGUACAUAUAGUUAGUCAAUGUAGAGUCAUCCAUUGUCUUCAAAUCAUACGGAA